AUGGAGGGGAAGGUAUACGGGGACGAUGGAGGGGAGUGUAUACGGGGACGAUGGAGGGGAAGGUAUACGGUGACGAUGGAGGGGAAGGUAUACGGUGACGAUGGAAGGGAAGGAAUAAGGGGACGAUGGAGGGGAAGGUGUACGGUGACGAUGGAAGGGAAGGAAUACGGGGACGAUGGAGGGGAAGGUAUACGGGGACGAUGGAGGGGAAGGUAUACGGGGACGAUGGAGGGGAAGGUAUACGGGGACGAUGGAGGGGAAGGUAUACGGGGACGAUGGAGGGGAAGGUAUACGGGGACGAUGGAGGGGAAGGUAUACGGGGACGAUGGAGGGGAAGCGGUCGAGGUUAAUUCCAUUGUUAUCGAAGCUCUAACCCAGCAAGGUAUACGGGGACGAUGGAGGGGAAGGUAUACGGGGACGAUGGAGGGGAAGGUAUACGGGGACGAUGGAGGGGAAGGUAUACGGGGACGAUGGAGGGGAAGGUAUACGGGGACGAUGGAGGGGAAGGUAUACGGGGACGAUGGAGGGGAAGCGGUCGAGGUUAAUUCCAUUGUUAUCGAAGCGCUAACCCAGCAAGGUAUACGGGGACGAUGGAGGGGAAGGUAUACGGGGACGAUAGAGGGGAAGGUAUACGGGGACGAUGGAGGGGAGUGUAUACGGGGACGAUGGAGGGGAAGGUAUACGGGGACGAUGGAGGGGAGUGUAUACGGGGACGAUGGAGGGGAAGGUAUACGGGGACGAUGGAGGGGAAGGUAUACGGGGACGAUGGAGGGGAAGGUAUACGGGGACGAUGGAGGGGAAGCGGUCGAGGUUAAUUCCAUUGUUAUCGAAGCGCUAACCCAGCAAGGUAUACGGGGACGAUGGAGGGGAAGGUAUACGGGGACGAUGGAGGGGAAGGUAUACGGGGACGAUGGAGGGGAGUGUAUACGGGGACGAUGGAGGGGAAGGUAUACGGGGACGAUGGAGGGGAAGGUAUACGGGGACGAUGGAGGGGAAGGUAUACGGGGACGAUGGAGGGGAAGCAAGGUAUACGGGGACGAUGGAGGGGAAGGUAUACGGGGACGAUGGAGGGGAAGGUAUACGGGGACGAUGGAGGGGAAGGUAUACGGGGACGAUGGAGGGGAAGGUAUACGGGGACGAUGGAGGGGAAGCAAGGUAUACGGGGACGAUGGAGGGGAAGGUAUACGGGGACGAUGGAGGGGAAGGUAUACGGGGACGAUGGAGGGGAGUGUAUACGGGGACGAUGGAGGGGAAGGUAUACGGGGACGAUGGAGGGGAGUGUAUACGGGGACGAUGGAGGGGAAGGUAUACGGGGACGAUGGAGGGGAAGGUAUACGGGGACGAUGGAGGGGAAGGUAUACGGGGACGAUGGAGGGGAAGGUAUACGGGGACGAUGGAGGGGAAGGUAUACGGGGACGAUGGAGGGGAAGCAAGGUAUACGGGGACGAUGGAGGGGAAGGUAUACGGGGACGAUGGAGGGGAAGGUAUACGGGGACGAUGGAGGGGAAGGUAUACGGGGACGAUGGAGGGGAAGGUAUACGGGGACGAUGGAGGGGAGUGUAUACGGGGACGAUGGAGGGGAAGGUAUACGGGGACGAUGGAGGGGAGUGUAUACGGGGACGAUGGAGGGGAAGGUAUACGGGGACGAUGGAGGGGAAGGUAUACGGGGACGAUGGAGGGGAAGGUAUACGGGGACGAUGGAGGGGAAGGUAUACGGGGACGAUGGAGGGGAAGGUAUACGGGGACGAUGGAGGGGAAGCGGUCGAGGUUAAUUCCAUUGUUAUCGAAGCUCUAACCCAGCAAGGUAUACGGGGACGAUGGAGGGGAAGGUAUACGGGGACGAUGGAGGGGAAGGUAUACGGGGACGAUGGAGGGGAAGGUAUACGGGGACGAUGGAGGGGAAGGUAUACGGGGACGAUGGAGGGGAAGGUAUACGGGGACGAUGGAGGGGAAGGUAUACGGGGACGAUGGAGGGGAAGGUAUACGGUAACUGAGCCUACUCCUCAAAAAUAG